AUGAAGAGGACAAGGCGUCAUGUCAAUCAGAUUCCACCCCCAUUCUUUGAUGAAGCCCAUCAUCAAGGGGAUGGCUUGGACUUAUUUCCCAUUGUGGAUGACCCACGGUUGCUGGAGAUUCCCUCAGAUCCAUGUGCAAGAGUGUACUGUGGAGCAGGGAAGGAGUGCCGGCUGACUGUGAAGGGGGAGCCUGAAUGUAUUUGCAAAGAGGUCUGUCCUGCCCACAUCAAGCCAGUAUGUGGGAAUGAUGGGAUAUUGUAUCCAAACCACUGUGAGCUUCAUCGCACUGCAUGCCGGGAGUCCAGGCACAUUGCCAUCAAUCGGAAGGGGCCUUGCAAGGAAAAGAGCAGUAAUGACCAGACAACACAUGAGGUUACAGAAGAUGUGAGCACAACCACAAGUAGCUUGGUCCUGAACAAACACAAGUAUCCUGUUGCUACCAGUCAAAGUCCUGUUAAGAGUUGGCCAAAAGAAGACUCUCACGAAUAUGUCAUGGUGGAUAAUAUAGAGAACAACAUGGUUGAGAUUGCAACUCCUGCGAACCAGGAAUGUUCACCAAUGCAGUAUGAGAUCAUGAAGGACAACUUACUGCUAUACAACCACAAGCAUCUCAUUGGGAGCGAUGAAUCCUCAGAGGCUGAUCAGCUUCUCUCCAUCAUGUUUGCCCAUUAUGAUGCCAAUGGUGAUGGAAUUAUCAACUCCCAGGAACUUGCUUCUGCAUCUGCUAUGGAAGAUCUGGGGACUCUGUCUUCUGGCUGUGAUUUGCCAGACCUAAUUCGUUUUGAAGAUCUGAACAUGGAUGGAUCUGUUAACAUCAAUGAGUUCUAUGAUGCCUUUUCCAAGCUCUACAGCAUAUCAGUGGUGUCACUGGACAAAGCCCUGGAGACAAAUGAGAUCCUGGCUGUUGUUGGAGACAACUUGGAGAUCAGAUGUGAUGUAACCGGUUCCCCUGUUCCUCCCAUUGUCUGGAAGAGGAAUGGGGUCAAUCUUGCUUCCUUGGCUGAUCCUAGUCUCCAGGUAUUUCGGGAUGGGUCACUCUACAUCAGUCAUGUGCAAUUGGUCCAUGGAGGUCGGUACAUAUGUCAUGCUGAGAAGAAUGAAGAUGUCAUCCAGACACACCUUCUCAACAUUUCCUCUCUGCCUUCUGUGAUGGUGGAGCCAGUAAUCCAGAGUCGAAGCCCAGGUGAAAGUGCUCGGAUGGAAUGCUGGGUUGGGGGUCAUCCUCCUCCUCAGGUUGAGUGGCUCAAGAAUGAUGACCCUGUCCAUGUAUCUCCUGAAGCCACUUUCCAGGUGGUUGGAGAGGGAAGAGAACUAAUACUUGAGGGAGUGGAUUAUGCAGACACAGGAGCAUACAUGUGUCAGGCCAGGAAUGUUGGUGGUCUUCAUCGGGCCAUCUCUUCCUUGGUCAUCCAGGAGAACCCUCGAUCUGUCUCAACGAAAACAAGGGACCUCUUGGCUGUGUUUCAUGGGGAUGGGAUUGGGAUCUACAACUCCAGAUCAUGUCAUGUGAAGCAUGUCAUUCAAGGCACUGAUGUCAUCCCUGGGUCCCAGUCAUAUGUUUGUCCAGAUGCUAUCACAAGACCUGGGUCGUGCGUUUGGGGAUCGGCAGUUAACGUCCGCAACCUCUAUUUCUAUGCAUCCCAGCCACAGCUCAAUCGUGUCCUGGUCAUCAGCCUUGACCAGAUGGAGGUUGUGGAUGUGCUGGCAACAAAUAGUAUACCUGUGGAGGUGUAUUACAUGGAAUCCCAAGAUCAAGUGUGGAUAGUGAGUUGGAUUGGAGAAGAGGAUGGAGGAAACAAGAGCCUUGGAGUCGUUGUUAAUGCAUCACAGAAAGGACCCAGGAGUCUUCAACGUCUUGAUUCCAUGCCAAUCUACCGGCUCUUCCUUCCCCCUCCUCAGGGACUGGGGGUGAGUUGGGGACAUGGGUACGUGAGUAGGAAGGGAGAGUUGGGUCUCUACAAGCUUGAUCUCAUUACACUCAAGUUUGUCCUCAAGGUGGAUCUAUCCCCAUACAAGUGCAUCCCCAACCAGGUUGCCUUCAUCUCCCGCAAUGGGCAACUGGUGAUUGAAUGCCAAGAUGCAGAAAGUGGGAAGGGAACAGGUCAGUUAUUGAUGGAUUACAUGACUGAAACCAUACUCCAGUUCAAAGCCUCUGCCCCAGGAACCCCACAUGUAUCUCCGGAUAGCCUCCAUGUUGUCAAUCUCCACCGAGAACCUUCUAACAGCAUUCUUCUUGCAGUGCAUAAGGUCACAGAGACCGGACUGGAGUUUCAGUUUGAUGUGCGGACGACUCUGAACGUGAGUGAGGUGGAGUUCUUCCCUUCAAGGGAGCACCAUACCUAUGACCUCUUUGCAUCCAGUGUUCAGCGACCUGAGAUCCUCUUCCUGAACAUGGAAUCAGGUCACGUGGAAAUGGUGGUUGGAAUCGGAGAGGUACCUGAUCCCCUCUAUCCGAGUGCAAGGGGGGCAGUCCGCUCUCUUGCAGCAGCUCCUCUCUUCUCCCCACAUCUGGCAACUGGGAGCCGCGAUGCCGUGUUCCUUGCCACAGCCCACGACAAGAGCAUCAGCUGCGAGAUAGGCAGCCUUGUCCGACCCCAUCCACUUGUCUGGCUCCGACCAGACUCCGAGCCCACUGAAGACUGAGUCCUUUUAUUUCUAGUCUCUAUAUCCACUCUAGUCUGGUUAUCCAAUGUGAUCUCAUCUGAUCUCCCACAAUUUAUGUUUUGAGUCCAUUGAGUCUCAUUCGAAACUUGAAUAGCUUAUAGACUCACAGAUUUCUCUGCUGAUUGACUGAAUCACAUGUCUUUGGUUUUGACUGGGAACUUUUUGAUUGUGUAAGAUUUCCCUCAUGUUGUUGGACAUUGAUGACCCAUUUCACACCUUUUGUUUGGAGAUUUCAGCACUUUCAGGAUGAUCUGCUGAACUAGCAAAGAAUGAAUAGAUUCAAAGUGAAUUGGCUCUCUCUGAGCUCCAGUAGCAAAUGUGAGCUUUGUAUGAGAAGCUAAUGGCCAUUAAGAUUACCACACCUGAACCUGUGGAUAGAGAUGUGGGUGUGUAUCUGUAUGAGAAUUUUCCAGUGGGAAUUCACCCCAAGCUAUCCAGUGAUGCAUCUGAUGAAUGUAUCAAUUUGUGUACUGUAGAGUUAGGUACAAUGUGCAAUACUGUAGGUACAUUUAAAAUAAUUUCCUGUUAUGUAUUAGUCAGGUGUGUGCCAUCCCCUUCUUUGGAAAAUUAACUUGAUAUGGGAAAUCUGCCUCUCAUCAUUUCACUCAUUCAUUUGGUAUUAACAUGCACCAUUUCAAUAGUCAGUAAGAGAAUCCAUGAAAUAUGAUUCUAUGUGUUCUAAUGAUGUCAUCAGGAUGUGGGUAAUUGACGAAAUGUGAUAAUCUGGAAUUUUGGAUCUCUGGAAGUUGACUGUGGAAC